UCAGGCAUCAGCUGAUCGAAACAGUUUAUCUUUGUCAGAGCUAUCUAAUCUACAGUACUUGUCUAAACAAAUUGUUUUACGUAUUUUUUUUAUAUUUAUAAUAUUAAUUAAAAAAAAGGAAAACAUGAACACCAAGUCAGCUGGCGGCGGAGGAAGCGGUAUACCGUCACCAUCGAAGAGCAAAAGAAAGAGUAACAACAACCAGCAGCAAGAUUCAUCAUCAUCAGCAGCAGCAGCAACAACGAACAGAUUCCUCGGGGUGAGGCGGCGGCCGUGGGGCAGAUACGCGGCGGAGAUAAGAGACCCGUCCACCAAAGAGAGGCACUGGUUGGGCACUUUCGACACCGCGGAGGAGGCGGCAUUGGCCUACGACAGGGCGGCUAGGUCCAUGCGCGGCUCCAGGGCCCGCACCAACUUCGUCUACUCCGACAUGCCACCUGGCUCUUCCGUCACUUCCAUCAUCUCCCCCGACGAAACCCGCAACGAUUUCUCCAUGCUCUUCGCCGAUAAUAAUAAUAAUAAUAAUCCAUCAGAAAAUCAGCACCAGCUUUUCUUCGGACAGAGCCACCACCACAACGCCGCCGCCACCCAGUUUCAAGGUUUUCAGCUCACCGGAGAUGCCUGGAAUAUUAAUAUGUAUGAGGAGCAGCAGCAGGUGAGUGACUUUCAGUACGUCCGUCAGCCAUCACCGGCACCUGAGCUGCCGCCAUUGCCGCCGGACAUUACUAGCAGCUGCUACUCCGGCGAACCGCCGGUACUGUCUGAAAUGGGGCAUGGGGUUCUGAAUGAAAUGAGGUACCUUGAGCUGUCGGAGCCGAGGCGUAGCAUCGAUUCGGCAGUUCCAUACGACAUGGGAGAGGCCUUUUUUGGAUAUGACAGCGGCUCAGUCACUACCGCCGCCGCCAGAAACAGUUUCUCCGGCGGCUAUGGGUGGUACUGAGUUUCACAACUUAAUUAUGUGGACGGAGUAAA